GUACAGACAGUACUUGGUAGUAUAUUCGCGAAAAUGACUCUCAGGGUGUGUGCAAAUCUCAGCUUCAUGUUUCAAGAAACUACAUCACUUAUCGAACGAUAUGCUUUAGCUAAGGAAGCUGGUUUUCGUGCUGUGGAAUGUGUUUUUCCGUAUGAAUAUCCCCUGGAAGAAGUUAUUUCAGCAAAAGAAAGUGCCGGUGUCAACCAGAUCAUAAUAAAUGUAUUUCCCGGUGACCCAAGUAAAGGAGAAUUUGGGUUUGCAGCAAUUCCUGGACAGGAGGAGAAGUUUAAAGAAAGCCUCAGUCUUGCAGUUAAAUAUGCAAAAGGCCUUCACUGUAAACGGAUUCAUGUGAUGUCUGGAAAUGCUAAAAAUCCAAGCAGUGUGAAUGACGACAUUUAUGACAAAAACAUUAACUAUGCAGCGUCUUUGUUCGAGAAAGAGUGUAUUGUAGGAUUGAUUGAAACAAUCAAUCCACAUUCUGUUCCAAACUAUUACAUGAAUAAUUUUUCAAAAGGGCUGGACAUUCUCAGAAGAAUAAAUAGUCCAAAUCUAAGGUUGAUGAUGGAUUUAUUCCAUGUUCAACACUUACAAGGUGACCUGACACACACAAUUAAAACGGCCCUACCGUAUGUUGGCCACAUCCAGAUUGCCCAAGUGCCCAACAGAAAUGAACCUGACACACCUGGUGAAGUAAAUUACAGCUACAUAUUUGAUGUUCUAAAAGAUAAUGGUUAUGAUGGUUGGAUCGGUUUGGAGUACAAAUCAGCAAAGGCAACAAGAGAAGGGUUGAAAUGGAUUCAGAAUUAUAGAGUUACACAGUAAUUCUUGUUGAAAAAUAUUUUGUAGAGGUGUUUUCUGGAAC